AUGGGGCUUCGUGGAGGACGUUGGGGAUUCGUGGAUGUAGAAGAGGAAGAAGAACACAAAGCGAAGGAAAUUUUUGUGGGAAUGGGCGAAAUGGGAAAGGAGGCCAAUCAACCCCUUCUGUCUUCGAGGGAAUGGAGCCAAACGACGACAUUGCACAUUUACAUUUCUAUUUUCCCUUCUGUCUUCGAGCAAGUAGCAAACAACGACAUUCCAAUAAGCAUGUCGGACACGAUGCCACAAGGGUGCCGCUGCCCAAUUGCAAACACUGGUAACCUUGGCUCAAAACCUGCUGCUUUUCCAAUGGAGUCAAAUCUCAAACUUACUGUUGAUGACCCAGAGCUUUAUGAAGAUCCAUCAGAGUAUAGGAGGCUGGUUGGUAGAUUGUUAUACUUGACAAUUACCAAACCAGAUCUUGCCUAUUCUAUCCAAGUGUUGAGUCAAUUUCUAGCAAAACCAGUUGUCAGUCAUCACAAAGCAGCAAUGAGGGUCCUCAGAUAUCUGAAAGCUACACCAGGGCAGGGUUUAUUUUUCUCAUCAUCAUCAGAACUUCAACUCAAAGCCUUCUCAGACAGUGACUGGGCAGGCUGCCUCGACACCAGGUGA